AUGUCCAAGAGAGGACGUGGAGGAGCAUCCGGAGCCAAGUUCCGCAUCUCACUUGGUCUACCUGUCGGAGCCGUAAUUAACUGUGCUGACAAUACCGGAGCCAAGAACCUUUUUGUUAUUGCUGUUUAUGGAAUCCGUGGAAGGCUAAACAGGCUUCCCAGCGCAGGAGUUGGUGACAUGUUUGUUGCCUCUGUUAAGAAGGGAAAGCCAGAACUUAGAAAGAAAGGUAGGUUUGCAAAUGCUUUUAAUCGAUUUGAUAGCCUUGUUUCACUUUUUCAUAGCUACUAUGAUUUUUCAUUUUGUGUUUGCUUUUUACGUUUUAUUUUUCCCGAUUGGCAGACAGUGUUGCAUAAUGAGACAGUGAGCUGA